AUGUGUAGCUACCAAUUGAAAUGCAAAAUUUGUACCAAAUUUUUUUUUUUAUUUUUUUCAUUUUCGACUCGAAUUGAAGUAUACGGUAACACCUCAUCCACUAACGACAAUAUGUCCAUCACAGCUAAGGAAGCAUUCGCAAAGAUUCCUCAGAAGCUACAUAACUUCUUUAUCAAGUACCCACCAAGACCAUUUUCUGAAUAUAAAAACGGACCAUCGAUAACAUCUGAUCCAAAGAGAAAUCCCUUUUUCCCUAAUAAGAAUACUGAGACAGGAAGAUGGCACAGCUCGCUUUACUCACGUCGAAGAUCUGCUGAUUUGUUCAAAUUGGCUAAAAAGUUUGGCAUACAGGAUCUUUUGCCUCCGACUCCAAGGAAGUUCCACGAAGAUAAAUAUGUCAACAAGAAAUGGAUGCAAGGUAUGGUUCAACCAGCUGGCAGAGCUGACCAAGCAGAAUUGGAAGAGAAAUUUAAGAAGAGAGAAGAAGCAAUUAAGAACAUGGACAAGAUUAUUGCCAAGGCAAGACCAGGGUACAAGAAAUUGUUGAAAAAGAGACAAGAAAGAAAACCUACAUGGUUUUAA